GAUCAAAGCCCUUCCCUCGCUACGGAUAUAAACCUUCACCACCAAAUGGUUGCGGAUCCCCUCUGUUUGGAGUUCAGUUUGACAUCGGUAUCCCUUCGAUGACAAAGUGCUGCAAUCACCACGACAGAUGCUAUGACACUUGUGGCAAUAAAAAAAAUGAUUGUGAUGAGCAGUUUCAAUCCUGCCUCUCCAAAAUUUGCAGAGAUGUCCAGAAAACACUUGGAAUCUCAGAGAGUGUCCAGGCUUGUGAAUCAACUGUUCAGCUGUUGUUUGAUGCGGUUAUACAUUUAGGAUGUAAACCAUACCUGGAUAGCCAGAGGGCUGCAUGUAUGUGUCGUUACGAGGAUAAGACAGAUCUCUGA